ACCCUUUAAAAGAACCAGAGUUGGUUGCGUUAAACACUCAUUCGUGGAGCAGCACCUUAAACAGAGCAACAUGGCUGGACAUACUGUGAGCUCUUUCGGGUUUUUAUGCAUCUCAUGUCUGAUUGGAGGGGUCAUUUCACUACCACUGAAAGCAUGGAGUGACUACAGCAGUCCUGGCUCUGCUUAUCCAAAAGCAGGUGAUGGAGGCAUGGUGUUUCCUUAUGGCAGAGCAAUGCAAGAGUACUACGGACCAGAGCCUUCAGCUUGGUCCAAGCAGAACAGUGACGCUAAGGCUGAUGGAGGGGUCUACUCAAAUGAAGGCUCGGAUAUGGAUGCUGGAGACUCUGUCUGGGCCAAGAACGGCGGUAUGGACUCUGGUAGUGACGGUUACUACCCUGUUCCUGAAGGCUACUCUAAGGAGCUAGUCCCCUCCAUGGAGGAGGAGACCACGGAAGAGGAGGAGGAGCCCGUGUUGAGCGACGUCUCUGACCUGGAUCCGGUCUACCACUUCAGUUCCAGGUCCCGCUACCAGCAAGGCAGACAGGCCUUCUUCCUAACCAGAUACAACCCCGGAGAGCCUACGGUCAACCUGGAUACUGUGUCUGAUCCGGUGUUCAUUACCAGUAGAUAAUGGUUUUGGCUCAAAAAUACCUUCACCUGCAUUGACCGACUUGAGCGUUCCAGGCUCUGCUCAUCCCAAAGUUGGUGAAAGUAGUUAGGUGGAUACUUCUAGGAGCACAUCCCAAGAUGACUACAACCUAGAAGGGCCUUUGCCUGGGUCCCGCCAUAGCGGCCACAGAAACACUGAGGCUGGACUCGACAAGCCAACCCCAGAGAGCAGCGAGGCUAGCCACCUGGUGGACUAUGAGGAGCUGGUGUGGAUCCAUGUCCCUGACCUUGAGCCGGGCGACUCCUUCAGCUACUAGCAAGCUGCACAGGUCUCCAUGCAAGCCCCCUAACCUCCCAGAUAGGUCUUGUCCUUGCCCCUCCCCAGACGCUUCUCUCUGCCAGGCCAACCACUAUUUGGGGCAUCUGCAAACUUGCAUUUUUAACUACUA